ACAUGGAUUGGUAGCAAAACAAGAGCAGACAACUUCACAACAUGGAAACUCUGUUUUGGUUAGGAAUUCCACCUCUCCAUCUUAAGAGAGCUUCCCCUUUUUGUACAGAAAGAAGCCCAACUCUCCUCUUCACCACCAUCAAACACAUUCCUUUGAUCAAUACUCAAAGAACAUUGAAACUACAAGCAGAAGCCAAACGUUUUGGUGGAGACUCAGUUACUGUGUUUGAGAACAAGAGAAGCCAAAGAGAUAAUAAUGAUGAAGAUGAUGAUGAUAACGAUACGAUUCCAGAGGUUAUAUUCGAGAGAAUGAUGGUUCGAAUCUUGUUCUUCGUGGGCUCUCCCAUGGGAAUUGGUCUAGCAAUGUUACAGGUAUUUGAUGAACUCAACGAACAACAAGUGUGGGAUGUUCCACUUUGGCUUCCUUUCUUGAUGGCAUCACUUGCCUUCGGAACUUUUGGGGUUGGACUUGCUUAUGGCACUCUAUCUACAAGUUGGGAUCCAGAGAAAAAGGGUUCACUUCUUGGGUGGGAAGAAGCUCAACAGAAAUGGCCUGAGCUAUGGAAGGAAGAAAGGGAAAAAGACAGGGAACAACAAAACUCACCAGUCCGAGCUCCUUGAUGGACGUUUCGAUUGCUCCCAUCUCAU